AUAACCCUAAAGCACACAACAUCUUCCUCUGUACUCAAGAAGACUUCACCAACUUUUCUUCUUCAAUCGACGAUGAGCACCGGCGCAGGAAGCGGCACGACCAAAGGCGGUAGAGGAAAGCCAAAGGCCACCAAGUCCGUCUCUCGUUCUUCAAAGGCCGGUCUUCAGUUCCCCGUCGGAAGAAUCGCUAGAUUCCUCAAGGCAGGCAAAUACGCCGAGCGUGUCGGCGCCGGAGCUCCGGUCUAUCUCUCCGCCGUUCUCGAGUACCUCGCCGCUGAGGUGUUGGAGCUUGCUGGAAACGCGGCGAGGGAUAACAAGAAGACGCGUAUUGUGCCGAGGCACAUUCAGCUCGCGGUGAGGAACGAUGAGGAGCUGAGUAAGCUUCUGGGAGCUGUGACGAUUGCUAACGGUGGUGUUUUGCCCAACAUUCAUUCCAACCUUUUGCCUUCCAAGGUUGGGAAGAACAAGGGAGACAUUGGAUCUGCUUCUCAAGAGUUCUGAGUUUCAUCUUGGUCUCUCUUUUGUUGUCGGAUUCCCUUGUAAAAUAUCAACUUUGUUUUGAAGCUAAUGGGGCUUUUGUAACAAAUGUUUCGAUGAUAUAAUAUUACCUAAUGGAUCUUAGGUUUGAUUCAUUUUUUUUCCAA